AUGGGGUCCGUUGCGCUGAUAGAGGGUUCGUUUGUGCGUCGGUUGGCGUUGCACGUGGAUCACAGGGGCUCGUUUUUGGAGGCGUUCAACGCGAGUUGCUUCGAGGAUCCCGAGUUGCGAAGGUGCCUGCAGGUGAGCGUGUCGCGGAGUCGUCUGGACGUGCUGAGGGGCAUUCACGCGUCUCCGUACGGCAAGUUGGUUAGCUGCGUGCAGGGGAGGGUGUUGGAUUACUGCGUGGAUUUGCGACCGGAGUCGCCGACGUAUUUGAGGUGGCAGCGCGUGGAGCUCGACGCUAGGAGUCCGGAGCAGGUGUACGUGCCCGAGAGGUGCGGACAUUUGGUGUUGUCGCUGGAGGACGAUUCGCUGUUGUGCUACGCGCAGAGCGGGAGUUACGACCGAGAGUUGGAGAUGGAGGUUCACGCGAGGGACGAGCAAAUCGGGCUGGCCUUCCCGAAGCCCGUCAGGGAGGCCGAAUACGUCAUGUCGGAGAAGGACAGUCUCGCGCCGAGCCUGCGGGAGGCGAGAGAGGCUUACCGACGGAGGGUUGGCAGGGAGUGGUAG